CUGUGAAGCGAGGUUGCCGAGCAACGAGACCUCUUUAGGCGAGCGAAAUACUACUGUGAACUUGAGAAUAUUGUUCAGGAUGAGCCAUGUGUGUGGGAGAACCUCUUCAGCAAAAAAUAAAGCUUCUAAAGUCUUUUACAGAAAGAUAAAACCGGCCUCUAAAGAUACUUUAUCCACAGGCAAGGUGGGUGCAGACUGCAGAUGUGGAAAGUGCAAUAAAUCAGAAAGCCAGCACAGAAUGAAGAGACUGCGUACCCGCAAAGAGAGGAAUCAGAUAAGAGAUGAAAGAAAAUCUUGUCACCAUUACUACAACCAUCACACCAGCAAAGAUGUCUGCUAUGUCCACCAGUGUUGCCAUAGUUCCUUAGAUGCAUUUACAAAUAUUGUCCCUGUUGCACAUGAGCCUAGUGUGAUAACAGACAGCCGUCUCAUAGGGCAUCAUGGCCUCUUUAACCAUGAAGUCAAGUCUAUUGAUAUUGAACGCCUCCUGAGUGAGCAGAGAAAACUUGACAAAAGUGAAAAACUGCAAGAAAAAAACAAUUUAGAAUUUGCCAAUCCUUCUGCAAAAGAGACUGAAUGUUUGUUGGAUUCCACAAAUGAAGAGGCUGUAAUAUCUAACAAGAAAGAUUUGGAAACUCCAAGGAUAUUUAAUUAUUCCAAAAGGCAAGAGAAGAUAAUGAUGGAGUCUAAUGGUCAGGUGUCAGACCUCACUCCCGGACAGAGGCCAAAGAACAACGUAAUUUCUUCAACAGAAACUAACAAAAAUGACAACUUCUCCGAUGUUGUAUUUACUGGAAUUAACGAGGCCCAACCUGACGCAUAUGCAAACAAUAGUGAUUCACACCAGACUCCGUGCAGCUUUAAUGAAAACAACAAGAGUAUUUUACCAAGACCUAUGCCAUCUAUUGCAGAGCAUACUCCAAAAAAACAUGCCUCAGCUACUAAUCUUCUACUGCCCUCUAGUCCCAUGUCAGGAGUAUCUAGCAGCCUUAUAACACAACAACAAAACCUGGAUGCAGAUUCUGUAGCCAUGUCUGUGAAAGCAAUAGCAGCCAGUCUGUGUAACAGCAUUUCUUUUUCACUGUUAAGAAAAAAAGACCUGGUGGCAGAGACCAGAGAGACAUUAGUAAAAGUACUGUGUCAGAGGCAUGGAACACAACUUGGAAGCAACAUUUGGAAAAUCAAGCAAUGGUUAUAUUCCUUUGAUAACGAUCAAGAAGAAGGCUCUGAGUUGUGUUGUAGCACUGUAUUCACUAAUAGAAAAGAACUGACCUUUUCUCCAGGUGAAUUUCCAACACAACCUAAAGCCACUGGUUUACCCACAUCCUCAUUUGGAAAAACAGAAAUACUGCAUUUUGACUGGAACUCAACAGACUGGUCCAACCCACUGGAUAAGACCUCAAAAUGGUUUGAGACUCCUCCAGAGAAUCCGGUCAUUCCAGAUAAUACCUUCAGUUGUAGGGGCACUCCACAGUUCUCCAUGGAUUUUGAGUUUAGAAAAGCAGUGUCAAGAGACAUGGAGCAUUUAUUCUCACCUUCUUUUGCACCAUCCUGUGUAGAUGGGCCUAGCUCUAGCCAUGUAAACAACUUUUUCAUCACCACACAAGGACAGGAAUUUACCAUGCCUCAACAAAAAACAAAAAAAGAUGUGACUUUCUCUGACAUAACAACAGUAAGACACAGACAGAGCCCUCUUACUAGUGUUAUGAAUAACUACGGGGUUGAUCCUCUUAAUUCAGUGCCCUUUCCUCAGAUGCACAGCUCAUUUGAAAAACACAAAUACUCUUGUGGAAAAUCUUUAUCUGACGAAAUCCCUUAUUUCCAUCAGGAAUACUCCUUUGAGCCUUACCAACAUGUAAACUCAGCUCUCAGACCUGUAGACUUAGCACACUACCCUCCCUCCUACAUGCUUGAAAAGAGCCCUAUUCUAUCUAUGAGUUCCUAUUUUCCAAGUCCUGAGCACUGGUCCUUUCCUCCUAUGAGACUGUACUAAGUUGCACCUUUAAAAGAAGCACACCAGUUAAAACUACUUUGGCCAAACAACAGUGCCUUUUUAAUUUAUCAAGUUACCUUUACACCAUUAGUUACAGAGUUUUACAUGUUAAAAAGAAACAAAAAAAAUUAUGGAUUUCCACAUAUUUUUAGCAUAGAUGUUUGGUUAAGAGGCACGAUUCUGAAACAAGUUCUGGGAUGGAAGUUUUUAGGGAAACAUUGAACAAGCAAGGAUUACAAUAACUUUAUGAAACAUUGCAUAUUGUCUACUAUAGGUUAACAUUAUAAAGCCUUAUUAUCAGCCUGAGAUUGAUUUCAUUUACAUUCAUAAAAAUCCAUCACAGUUUUAUUUACAUGCUGAUUAAUUUCAAUAAAUGUGCAUACAAUCAAGGUAGCAGGUAAUGCGUUUCAUCUGAUAUUUCAUACUCGGACUGUGUACUUUUGCACCGCUCAUUUUCACAUUGGCUGUUCUCCUUCAUAGCUCUCUGAAGCUGGGUCCAGAACAGCUUUUGGGCUUGUUCUGGGUGUGUGCAAUCAGAGCCGGGCCACUGCAGAUAGGUCUUUUUGAGCAUGACCUUCCUCAUUCGAUGGUAUGAUGAAAUCUGACGUUCUGAAAUAGUCUCCAGAAAAACCAAAAGUAGAACGUCCCUGUGCUCGUCAAAGAGGCGGUAACUGGCCAGUUGAAUUUCCAGUGAACACCACUCACUUCUGAGAAAGUUCCUGCUCACCACACAGAUGGUUUUACGGCUGCUGUAUACUGCAGAAACAAUGUUAUCCACAAUAUUGCGUCCAACCUCAAAGUCUCUGUGAUGUAGACAGAGUUUGAAAGAUGACCCAUUUCCCUCUAGAUUGGGCACUAGCUGCUCCAUAACCCAUUGUUCAUCGGAGGAAUUGUAUGAGAUAAAAGCAUCAUAUACACAGUUUUCUUCUUCAUCUCUCAGUCGGCGCCACUGCUUGCUAAACCAGGCACGAAAUGCAAAGUAGCUGUACUUAAAUGUCCAGUAGAGCUUCAUGUAAAUAAUUGGAACAAGUGUAAAAAGAAAAAUAACAGCUGCUGUGGUGAAACAAAGGUAUUGUCCGAAGUCUACAUAACACACCUUGGUAUCAAAACUGUAGAAUUUAUGUUUUGUGCUUUCUUGACAGGGGUGAUCAUGUAGGAACACCACCUGAACUUUAGGGUUGUUAACGGUCCAGUUUUGCAGUUGUGAAUUAUCACAGGUGCAACUCAGAGGAACAUUGCGUAUGUCCAUGUAUUGCAGGUCUGGCAGACUUUCAAGGGAGUCCACAUCAAUACUAUGCAUUACGUUGCGGUUAAGCUGCAACGACUGUAGUUUUGUGAGGUUUCCAAACACUUUUUUUGAGAAAUUCUGGAGUCCCAUGUUUUCAACUAUCAGUCGGUUCAGAUUCUUUAGGUUUUUGAAUAUUCCUGGCUGAAGUUCAAUGGCACCAACACAGCAAUAGUCUAAGUUUAAAUAUUGCAGCUCUGUCAGAUCAUCAAAUGCAUCUGGUGCCAAGUGAGAUAUGUGAUUGUUGGUGAGAUGCAGUUUUUUCAAAGAAUGGAGGCCCCGGAAGAAAUGCCGGGGUAAAAGAAUGAGUCCAUAGGGCUGCUGACUGUCUAAACUCAGCUCAUUGAGCUCACUGAGAUUCAUAAAUGGUGAACUGACAGUUUGAGAAAAAAAGCUGAUUUUAUUGCUCUUGAGGCUUAGCACUUUGAGUUUAUCAGAAAAUGCAUAGUACUGAGAAGUGUCAAUUUGUUUGAGAUUAUUAUCAUCUAAAAUAAGUUUGGACAAACUUGUAAGCCCAUGAAAGCCUCCUUUUUCAAUAUGAGUGAUUAUAUUUCCCCCAAGGUCCAGUGUUUUCAGUUUUCCUAAACUCGCAAAUGUCAUGUUGAAAAUGACAGAAAUACGGUUUGAGUUUAAGUUUAGUGUUUUGAGGUUAACUUGGUCUUGAAAUGUUUCAUAGAACAAGUCCGUCAUUAAAUUAUUGUCCAAUCGUAGAUUCUCAAGCUUCCUUAGACCCUUAAGGGCCCAUCUGCCAAACCAUGCGAUUGAGUUGAUAUUUAAAGUAAGAUUAACCAAAUUUGGUAGGUUACUGAAAGCGUCAUUAUGGACAAUGAGAAUACGAUUGUAACGAUAGCUAAGGUCAUUGAGAUUUUUAAAUACUAUAAUUUUUUCUUUGCAUGGCAUAAGUUUAUCAAGAAGAUUAUGUUCUGCCUUAAAAACUUGAAUGUCUUUGGUGUUAUUGAGAAACAAUAAACAGUUUGUGUCCUUC